CUCCUCCAACUUUCACUGUUCUCUCCGGCUUUGACUCCUUUACCCUCCACAGCCGCGCGGUCUGUAUGCUGGAAACACCCAAACUUGCAUUCAGCUGAGGCAAAGGUACUACUCAGACAAGUUGGAUGAACCAGAAAACCCGGUGGUUCUGACGGUGCAGUUCCAAGAAGAAAAAAAGGCGCGGUCCCCCGCUCAGGGACAAGAUGAUGUCUGCUGUGGAGACCAGCGUGUACCAACCAGCGCAGCUCCUCAGCUGGGUCUACAUGUCCUUAGAAGACACGCCGGACAGCUCGGUUGAUGGCUUCAAAGAUGAAAAGGACAUUUCUGCACAGAGCAAGCGCAGCGCUUCAGAAAUGACCUCCAACUAUCUGAGCAACUUCUUCCAUCUGAACAGUGAGGGUCUGAAUAAUAAGUUCUACAAAAGGCCCUCAUCUGAGGGAUCUUUCAGCAACAUCAUGGAUGGCCUCAGUUCUCUAGCACAGCACUUCUCAGACCUCUCUCUGUUCCCCGAGACCCGAAAACCCAGCAAAAGGCCCCCACCCAACUACCUGUGCCACCUUUGCUUCAACAAGGGACACUACAUCAAAGACUGCCCCCAGGCUCGACCCAAAGGUGAAGGUCUGACCCCAUACCAGGGCAAAAAGAGAUGUUUUGGUGAAUAUAAAUGCCCUAAGUGCAAGAGGAAGUGGAUGAGCGGCAACUCUUGGUCCAACAUGGGUCAAGAGUGCAUCAAGUGCCACAUCAACGUUUAUCCACACAAGCAGAGACCUCUGGAGAAACCGGACGGCCUUGAUGUGUCUGACCAGAGCAAAGAACAUCCUCAACAUCUGUGUGAGAAAUGCAAAGUCCUCGGCUACUACUGCCGCCGUGUGCAAUAACAUGAUUCCACUGGGAUGCAGAUCAUGACGGUGAAACUUUCCUCCUGACACUGUGACUCUUCUAGAAUGGAGACAACCUCAGAGUUUGAUGGAUUACUCAAUUUAUGUGAAAAAUUAAUCUCUAAUCUUUUAUAAAAAAUAAAAAAAAAUCCCACCAACUGUGAAUUAAGAACCUUCUACAUUCUAACCCAUUCAAAUUUUUUAUACUUUUUUUUUAUAGCUUGAACAGUUGAAUCUGUAUAAAAUAUGCAAGUCCACACCAAUGAUAUGUAUCUGCAUUCCUAUAGGUACAUCAUAUUUAAUAUAUUUGAAAGCCAUACUAUUGUGUAGUAUUUUGGGAAUGUUUUAGCCGACUAACAGUAUUUGUUUAGUGUGUGGACAUAGUUGUGUUUUGUUUUUUUUUUGUGACCAAGCAGCAAAUAUCUCAAAUUAUCCAAAGUGCCACUUUUUCAUUUUCUGUAUCAUUUUAAUAAAAAAUGUAAUGCAUUAUUGGGUUCAAA